GGAGAAGGUGAGUGCCAUAAUUGGGUUUCACAUAACAAACUGAUUCCUCAGAAUUUCUUCCCUUUUCACUCAAUCGUCUUCCAUCUUUUCCUCUGCUUUUCUCACUUGUUCUUCAAUCCCCCCCAUCUCCUUCUUCCUUCCUCUACACCUUCAACACUCCCUUUCCGCCCCAUCUUCCUAAGGUGCUGGGAGCAAAUGGCCUUGGUUACCACUGCAGAAGUUUGUGAUGCUAAUCCACAGCUCAUUGUGAGUGGUGAACUCCGAGCCCUGGAGCCAAUCUUCCAGAUAUAUGGGCGACGCCAAGUGUUUUCAGGACCAGUAGUGACACUAAAGGUGUUUGAAGACAAUGUGUUGGUCCGUGAGUUCCUGGAGGAGAAGGGUAAGGGCAGAGUUCUUGUGGUGGACGGGGGCGGUAGCAAGAGGUGUGCAAUAUUGGGUGGCAAUCCUGUUGUCCAAGCUCAGAACAACGGAUGGGCUGGCAUAGUUGUGAAUGGUUGUGUCCGAGACGUGGAUGAAAUCAAUGGGUGUGAUAUUGGGGUCAGGGCUCUGGCUUCACAUCCAAUGAAAGCCAACAAGAAGCGGGUUGGAGAGAAGCACGUCCCUAUAACUGUGGGCGGGACAAGGAUCAUGGAUGGGGAGUGGCUGUAUGCUGAUACCGAUGGGAUUCUGGUUUCACGGACUGAGUUGUCUGUUUAGAGAAGUGUUCUUCAAAGAUUUUGAUGGCAGGAUGAUAUUGUUUAGACAAGAGCAUGAGCAAGAGCUUGUCAGUAAUGGUGUUGAUGUCUUUUAUAUUUAUCAUUAAGAUUAUGUUAUGUGGUUUGAAUGAUGAACUGCUGCGUUAUGUGGCCUUUAUUGUUGUAUGCAACAGGUUAAUGAAAAACUUGAUCAUUUUGAAUC